ACACGUCUGAUGAGAACAGUAUCUCUGCUGCUGUCCAGGCUGUGAGCAAGCUGAUCGGGGCCGGUGGGUUGAACCUCCUCAUCAACAAUGCUGCCAUCAACCAACCAGCCUCACCAGCACCAUUAUCUGCCACCAGGAAAAAUGACAUGAUGGAUGUGUAUGAAACCAAUGUGGUCGGACCAUUUCUCAUUGCAAAGAUGUUUCUCCCACUGCUCCAGAGAUCAGCAGAAAGGGAAAAGAACAAGGGUGAUGAAAUGUCCUGCAGCAGGUCAGCCAUCAUCAACAUCUCCACGAUCAUCUCAUCCAUAGAGAAAUGUCCAGAAACCUUCCCUAUAGCACAGAUGUACUCGUAUAGGACCAGCAAGGCAGCGCUGAAUAUGCUGACUCGCUGUCUAGCUGAGGACUUCAAGAUACACAACAUACUGGUAGCAGCAAUCCACCCCGGCUGGGUCCGCACAGACAUGGGAGGAGAACAGGGUAACUACCAGGCAGGGUGCUGGCCAACCAUAAGGAGCAAUUUGGGGUUCAGUUCUUGUCAAAGUAUACUUUGUGGACAAAGUACACUCACAUGUGGACAGGAGGAGGUGGGGAUCGAACCACCAAUCCUGUGACCUACCUCCUGAGCUACUGAGCCAUUUUUGUAGACCAAACAACUCAGCAGUAAAUAAAGUUGGUAAGAUUGGCUCCACCUCCACCAUCUCCAACAUUAUAAUGCAUCAGAAAAAAAUCAUCCCACAAUAAAACAUAAUAAUCUAAAGCUUACAUUAACAUUUUUAAUGCAGGACUUGAAAUGGGGUAAUGUAAUUUUUACAUCGUGGCAUUAUUACUUUGAAGUAAAUUACCUUCACCACCGGUAUCCAUCAGCUUCAUGAGCUACAGUGUCCUUAUUCAUUUAGUCUUCAUACUAAUGAGGGGUUUGUAAGUUUGGUUUUUGCUAGCAGUGUGCAGCUAUGGAUACAAAUGUUGGUUGGUCAGUCAGUUCACCACUUUGGUCCAGACUGAAAUACCUUUACUGCCUCUUAGACCCCAUCCCGACUAGGUUGCUUAAAGAA